GAUGGAUAAGGAACAACUACAGGCGUCAUGAAGUGGACAGCAGACCGUGAAGAUCCAGGAUAAACAGGAACCGCCGCGAUGGUCAUAAACAUGAUCACAUUAGUCACAGUCUCAGCACCAGACCUGAAAGGCAUUUGUCCACACGAGCUCUCGGCGCGAGCGUGUGCUUGUGUCAACUCGGCGCCAGAGCCACGUAGCGAUGCGAAAGCGCCGUGUCCACGUCCAUGAGGGUGGAACGUGGUCCAGCGGCGCCUCGGUGAGCGGCUGGAUUCAAUCGUAGGAGAACGCGACGCCGUUUCCAAUUUGACCGUGUGAAACUCAAUAGAGCUAUUGAUCUGUGGACGCUGCAGCUGGAGACGGCUACCUCCAGACUGUAAUAAAGGCUUUAUCGCCACCUGAAUAAUGCAUGCGGGAGUGAUGAGCCCGGAGAAGGCCAAAGGUGUCGCAGCUAAUGAUUAGACGAACGGGACGACGUCACUCACGGCCGAGAUGCGCGUCACGUCGAUGAAUCAACGCCUGUCUUUUGUUUUUCUCUUUAAAGACAGUAAUAAAAUGUGACCUGCUACUUUUCUCGGCCGCGUAGUUCAUGCAGCUUCCUGACGAGCAGUGGGAUUAUGAUGAUGAACUAGAUGAGUCUAAUUAGAACUUUUGGUGUGUUCUCUGAAUAAACACUUCCCUCUUACAUUUCUCUUGUUCUGCUGUCAUUAAACAUCACUGUCUGGGUUCGCAGUCAUGCUGUUUUCUGCCUGAGAGGAGCAUCGGGCUCGCUCAUCCCAUGUGUCUCCGAUUGUCAACCCGCUGUGGUGUCUGAAGUGCGGUGCAGGCCAUCAUUUCAAGUGCAAAGGGCCGGUCGUAUUAUUCUCUGAUGGUCUGAUGGCAGUUUGGGGGGGUUUUGGUGCUCAGCUCAUAUGAGCCGCUUCAGAGGAGAAAGGAGACAAAGUGCAGUGCGCCUGCUGGGAGAGGGAGGCAUUGUAACAGGACUGCAGGUGCGCGGCUUUGAUUUAAAGGUGAAACCCGGCAGAUAAUUGGCCCGCCUUUAACCCGGGUCACCCAGGGAGCCGUAAAACAGCGACCCGUUAUGUUUUACGAGCUGAAAUCAUAAAACAUAACGGGGGCGGCUGCGCCGAGGUCCGCUGGCGCUGUUCGUGGUGCUGAAUCCCUGACGCCGACACCACAGCGGCGCAGAGCCGAGGGCGAAUGCGGCGGAAUUAACUCAAUUCGCCGCGCAGCCGCCGCCGAGGCGCGCGGCCAAGUUGGGGUCGGAGUGCGAGUGAAGUGGCCCGUCGCACAGCGGCGCCGGAGGCAAAAGGCGAGGGGUGUGGUUACGCGUCACUCAGCAGCGCAUCAGGUAUCCAUCCCACAAUAUAUAAUGAAGAGGAGGCAGAGGAGCGCACCAAGACGGGGCACCGCCGCAGCGACUGCACCACGAGACAACUGUCAGAAAAUGGCCAACGCGCUGAGGUCGCUCGCGCUGCUCGCGGCGCUCGUCGUGUGCUUGCUGGCGUGUUUGGGCGCCUUCGCGGACGCCUACCCGCCCAAGCCGGAGAGUCCGGGGAGCAACGCGUCUCCCGAGGAAUGGGCCAAGUACCACGCGGCCGUCCGGCAUUAUGUCAACCUCAUCACCAGACAGAGGUACGGGAAGAGGUCGACCCCGGAGCAGGCUGUGGCGUGGCUGCUGUUUGGGGACGAUUCAAGCCAAGACACUGAACCGCGCCUGGAGUACAGCGAUCAGUGGUAAAACACUCAGAUGUAGAUCAGCCCUCUAUGUAAAUCAAAUCAACCACACGGAGAUUCUCAAGACACAACCUUCACUGUACUUUGUGACGUUUUAAGUUGUAUUAUUUAACGUGCAUG